AUGAAUAUAUUGAGACAUCUCGGCCAAGAAGUGUUUUACUGUAAGAGGGUUUUCAUAGUCAAUGCGAAAAAAGUUGUAAAAUUUUCUACUAGUUAUGAAAAAGUACAUGUGAACAUUGGUACAAUUGGGCAUGUAGAUCAUGGAAAGACGACCCUUACUGCUGCUAUUACAAAGAUAACUUCUAAAGCUGGCCUGUCAAAAUUCAUUUCUUAUGAUGAAAUAGAUAGAGCUCCAGAAGAAAAGGCACGAGGUAUCACCAUAAAUGCCUCUCAUAUUGGAUAUAGUUCAAAGCUUCGCCAUUAUGCCCACACUGAUUGUCCAGGUCAUGCUGAUUAUAUUAAAAAUAUGAUUUCUGGCGCAUCUCAGAUGGAUGGAGCCAUUCUAGUCGUUGCUGCUUCUGAAGGUCCCAUGCCACAAACAAGGGAGCAUCUUCUUUUAGCAAGACAGGUGGGAGUUAAGAAAAUAGUUUUGUACAUAAACAAAUGUGAUUUGGUAGAUAAUGAUGUCUGGGAACUUGUAGAAUUGGAAAUGAGAGAAAUGUUGUCUGAUUUUGGAUUUGAUGGUGGAGCUCCUGUCGUUUUUGGAUCAGCUACCAAAGCUUUAAAUGGAGAUACUAGUCCUAUUGGUGAAGAUUCAAUUUGGAGACUAUUAGAUGCAAUUGACAGUUACAUUCCUAAUCCAUCACGAGACUAUACCUCUCCCUUUUUAUUACCAAUCGAUAAUUCUUUUACAGUUCCUGGAAGAGGCACAGUUGUUGUUGGCACUCUUAAACGUGGUAUAGUAAAGAAAAAUUGUGAAGCGGAUUUGUUAGGUUUUGAUGUCAAAUUAAGUACAACUGUUUCGGACAUCCAAGUUUUCAAAAAAUCUGUUCCUAGUGCAAAUGCAGGAGAAAAUGUUGGAAUUUUGUUAAGAGGUAUAAAAAAUGAUUCAGUUGCUAAAGGUGCGGCAUUUUUUAUCAAACCUAUGCGUGACAGAGAGUAUGUAACACUGAUUGACCUUUUCCAAGAAUUGUAUGGCAUGAAUUAUGGAGCUUUGCUUGUUUUCCCUGUUGUAAUGGCUGAAUUUUUUUGGGCUGCUUCUGUCCUUAACUCCCUAGGGACAACAUUGGAAGUGAUUCUCCACAUUGAUCCAAUCUGGGCCAUCGUGAUAAGUGCAUUUUUUGCUGGUCUUUACACUAUAAUCGGAGGCCUUGUGAGUGUAUCUUAUACAGAUAUUGCUCAGCUUGGAUUUAUUGUUGUUGGACUGGUUUUGGCAGCUCCAUUUGUUGCAUAUUCAGAACAUGUUGAUGUUAAUAGAGAAUCAGAUUUUAUGGGAACAAUCGAAACAGGGCAUAUUGGGACAUAUAUUGACGACUAUAUAACUCUUUUCUUAGGUGGGAUUCCUCUGCAGAGUUAUUUUCAACGAGUUUUUUCCAUCAAAAACACAAAACUUGCUCGAAUGAUGUCAAUUUGGUCAGUUAUUGGGUGUGGUCUUAUUGCUAUACCUUCUACUUUAAUGGGUUACUAUGCUUUAAAGACAGACUGGGGAAAAAUUGAAGGUUAUGGAAAGCAAAUACCUGAAGAAGAUUAUGUUCUAGUUUUACCUCUGGUGCUUAGAUAUCUUACACCCAAAUGGGUUGGAGUUUUAGGAAUGGGUGCUGUAUCUGGAGCUGUCAUGGCUUCUGCUGAUUCUGCACUAUUGGCAUCUAGCUCAAUGAUUACAAGAAAUGUUUAUAAGCAUUGCAUCAGAGUAAACGCUGAAGACUUUGAAGUAGUGUUGGUAUUAAGAAUAACUAUUGCUGUUGUAACUUGUUUAGCAUGUCUGAUUGCUCUAAGUUUGACUACUGUUUAUCAUCUUGCGUAA